CACUAAUACAAAAGCUCAAAGUUAUCAGAUGAGAGAUCAGUAUUGGCACGGUUAUGCUUGAGACACUGAGGAAUUCAAGGACAUCAACGUGAUUUGCAAUGGAGUCAGCAGAUUUUGUGUUUAAUAGUUAUGACGAAAACAGUUACGAAAACAGCUUCUACAAUAAUUCGGAAACUAUAGGUGAGGAGGUUUCUUUUGUCGUCCCCACCACCAAAUGUUUCACUCAGGUUAUGUGCCUGUUUUUGCUGGUGGUCAACGUGAUCGUCUUUUUGCUGGGCAUCGGAGGAAAUGGCGUGGUUAUCUGGAUUGCGGGUUUCGCCAUGAAGAAGUCAGUCAAUACUACCUGGUACCUGAGUUUGGCUGUGUCUGACUUUAUAUUUUGCUCCUGUUUGCCUUUCAACAUCGUCUACAGUGUAAUGCCCGACUGGAUCUUCGGUCUCUUCAUGUGUAAGUUCACGUCCUUUGUCAUGUUCCUCAAUAUGUUCAGCAGUAUCUUCCUCCUCGUCAUCAUGAGCGCUGAUCGAUGUGUAUCUGUCAUGUUUCCGGUCUGGGCCCAGAAUCAUCGCACUAUCGGAAAAGCAUUGCUUAUGAUUGUGCUUGCGUGGGUUGUCUCCGCAGCCCUAAGCAUUCCUUCGAUGGUAUACCGUGACGUCCAGAAUCACUUAGGGACAAACCGCUGUAUGAACACCUACACAUCCCCGUACACUCACGAAACCAUCGCUUUGAGUCGCUUUAUUUUUGGAUUUGUGAUUCCGUUUCUGCUCAUCAUCGUCUCUUACACCAUCAUCAUUUGUAGACUCAGAGCUUCGCACAUGACAAAAUCCAGCAAACCGUUUAAAAUUAUGACGGUUCUCAUCCUCACCUUCUUCCUGUGCUGGUUGCCAUACCACACGUUUGUGCUCAUUGAACUUUACCACAGCUCUAAUUUGAAUGAGGUCGUAACUCACGGCCUGAGAAUUGGAACCACCGUAGCAACAGCCAACAGCUUUCUGAACCCUGUUUUGUAUGCUUUCAUGGGAAAUGACUUCAGAAAGAAUUUCAAGAGCUCCAUUUUGUCAAAGAUUGAGAAUGCCAUUGGUGAGGAGGGACGGACAAUGAGUCGAUACCUAUCUCGCUCAAGCUCGGUAGAUGCCAGAGCAUCCACUCAUAUCUAAAGUAUGACUGAUACUGUACAUGCACAUAAUUCACAUUAGAAAGUACAGUAGGGAUGCACAGUAAAUUAUCGGCCAUAUCGAUAUCGGCCAAUAAAUGUAAAUUUUUAAUGUUAUCGGUAUGGGCCUAAUAAUAAAACCAGGCCGAUAAAUUAUGAAUCCUUUCCUCUGUUCCUCUUUUAGGUGCACACUGCUCACAGUGCUGUUUUUCUGUCAUGAUCAUUCACUUACUGCUAUUAGCAAAACAUUGCUGAUGUAGGUACAGUGUGUAGAUAUUUAUGAAUAUGUCAAUUAUAGGAAUUCUAAUUGCAUAUUGUUUGAAGCCGAUUGCUGUCCGAAUGCUUUCUUUCUUAAAACCUGAUAGACUUGUGGCUAUUGAGAAGACUUUCUGGUUUGCUAUAGAAGAACAUCUGAUUUGUUUAUUUAAAAAAAUAUACCAGAAAAGUUUAAAAGUUAAAGCAUCUUUAACUAGUGUAAAGUAGACUUGGUACAUGAUUUUCAGGGGAAAAAAGAGAACGAAUGGUUACCUUGUUUCCUGCAGUGAAUAUAUUAAAUAUUAGCGGUUGCCCACUUUUUGCCUUUUGUUUUAGUCUCAGAAAAUGUUAUAGUAAUAUUUAGAUACUGUAUAUCUGCCAAAAUAUUAUCGGCUUCAAUGUUAAAGAAUUAUCAGUGUAGGCCAAAAUUUACAUCCCUAAAGUAUAGCAUUAUAUUUUGAAUGAUUUAAAGAAAUAAAUUCUCAUUAUGUUUAAUUCAAAUGAAUUGCUCAUGUAUGGUGGACUGUUUACCUCAGUACUGUAAAAAUGUUUUCAUGUGUUAAUUACAUGACAAUAUCUGUGUCCAUUGAAUUAUUAAUAAUUUCAGCAGUUUUUGUGGGUUGAAAGAGUUCUGAGUUUCAACUCUAUUGUUAAAUUCAUAAAAUGUUAAUAAAAGGUGCAAUGAAUAUGCCAGCAGUCUGUACCUUUGGCACCACAUUGAUUCUACUUAAUAUUUGAAAGCAUUUGCCUUAACAAAACCAUAUGUGUACAGUUUAUGGUUAUAAUUAACAUUUUGUGAAACUGAAGCAUUUAUGGUUGGUAAUAAACUUUUUUUCUUUGA